AUGUGGCAGACGCCCUCUCUCUGCUUCCUGGGCCGAGUGCCGGCGUCGCUGCGGGUGCUCGGGGCUGUGCGCAAGGAAGGCGUCGGGGCCAUCAUCCCGGGCACGCCCAAUCGCCCUCGCGCCCACACCAUGAUCGGAGACUCGCUCUUCUAUGACCUCCCCCGAGUGCGACUGGACGGGGGCGCGAGGGCGUUCCGGAGGCGCUGGGGCUAUGAGCUCACGCCCCCGCCCACCCUGGUGGAGGAGGAGAACGAGGACGACCCCUACGCCCUCCCCAACGACGACGGCGAUAACCUGAGCUACACGGAGACACGCUCGCUGAGGGAGGACUAUCUCUUUCAUUCUUCUCAAGGUAAGGCAUGAAGAGGCGUUGGGUGUUGUUCUAGGCUUGGCAGUAGGUCAUGGCGAGGAAAGGAAGAAUCUCGAAUUAGUACAGACUGGGCAAAGGAAGAGGCAUGGCCUGAAUAGGACAGGCUGGACAGAAUAUGAGUAUCGGCUUGAACAGUGCAGGCUAAGCAAUAAAAGAAUUACAGGUUGAAUGGUACUGGCUGAUCUAAAGAUGAAUAUCGGCUUAAAUAGUACAGGCUAGGCAAAGAAAGAGUUAAGGAUGAAUUGCAGUGUGCUUUAAGCAGAGGAAAAGGCCUUGGUUGAUGUAGUUCAUGUUAAAAUGGC